AUGAAGUCCGCACUUUCGGCCGGCAUCGUUGCCGCUUUGCUUUGCCCCAGUGCUGUUGUUGCAGGGUCAACUUGCCCGAAGACUUCGAGCGGCUCGAACCGCAUCACCUGCUUCGUCGAGGUCGACCACAGCGAGGUCAAGGAAGAGGGCCACCACCACGGCCAUCAUGGUCAUCAUCACAAGCGCGGGCACAAGGACAAGAUUGAGACCACCCACACCAUCAGCACAUACGCCUGGUCCUUCUUUUGGAACUGGACUGUGACCGAUACUUGCCCUAAGACCACGGCACAACUAUCGACCGUGCUCCCCUUCUUGACCACUGCCCAGCAUGGAGUCAAGUGCACAGUCGAGCAUGCCUGGACCCCCGAGGAGGACUGUUGCGAGGAUUCCUGCGGGAUUAGCCUGCCCCCCAAGAACCAGACUUUGGAGGAGUUCGCCGGCCAUGGUCAUGUCGAUUGGUCGACUCUUCCCGCCCGCGUACACUGGCCUCUGUAUGCCGGGCCCGGUCGCCCUGACCAUCUCAGCAACAAGUCUGGGGAGUUGAACAUCCAGUAUGAGGCGGCUAGCGACAUUAUUGACAACACUCUCGAGAUUCAUAGCGGCAAGGGCAACGACUUUUUCCACUGCUGGGGUCCUGAUGACCAUUACGGCACCGGACAAUACCAGGAGGUUGAGGACCACAGCGAUCAUGGCAAGAAGAAGGGCCACCACAAAAGCAAGGUCGAGAGCCACACGUUCUUGACCAAGGACCACCGCAAGUUUGGCGGGUUCUACAACACCGACAGCCUGCACUCAUGCUGGGUUUUUGAGAAGUUCCACCAUGGCGUCCGCCAAGUCACCAAGAUCCCGAAGAAGCACCACGGUCAUCACGGCCAUCACGGUCAUCACGGCCACCAUGAGGAGAUUGAGACAAUCCCCGUACUCCCAUUCCUGCCCCCAACCUGGUCUAGCUGUGAACCCCACUUCGUAGCGCCUCACGAGGAGAAGCAUUCGGAAGACUCGCAUGACUCCCACGAUGACGGCCACCAUGAUCACGGGGACGAGAAGCAUGGGGACGAGAAGCAUGGGGACGAGAAGCAUGGUGAUGGCCACGAUGAUGAGGGUCACCACGAUGAGCACAAGCAUGGUGAUGAAGAGGAUGAGGGACAUGGCGAGUCAGAUAAGGAUAAGGAGGACUGCGAUUGCUAG